UCUCUACUCAAAGACUCUCUAGUCAAUGUUAUGAAGUGAUCGCGGUCGGCCGUUGAUUGUGUUCCGUUCCCGCGGAAGUCUAAUAUUUCGACACUUUAUUUUUUGUUUCAACAACAAAUAACAAACCAAACCAAACCUCCACCCGUCGUUGUUGUCGUCGUAGUAUAGCGCAAAGUUCGUGUUUUAUUUAAUUAAUUUUUAAAAUAAACCUCCAGACCGCACCGUUCGUUGUUCAGAGCACGUUAAAAAAUUACAUAUGAAAAAUCGACACUCUAAAAUAGUUUGUACCAUAAUCGUCGUCGGCGUACAAUUUAUCUAAAAUAAUAAAAAAAAAAAAAAACUUCUAAACUCAAAAAGGAACACACAUCCACUCUAUUCACAAUCAUCAAGGCCAAGGCGUGAAAAUAAAUAAUAAUAAAGAAAAAAAAAAGAAUAACAAACUACAAAUAGAGACAUGGAAUUGCCAACGGAACGCGAAUUGAAUUAAAUAAUAAUUGAGCAAAGUACUUUAUAGCAGAAAAACGAUCGUGACUAUAGCGUUUCUGACCACCCACCCACAACACACUUGAUAGGUCAAAUCUCUCAACGACUCGACGCUUUCGCUAGCUGCUGGCUUCUCAAUCGAAUUCUACGUCCACGUCGUCGGAGUUCUUUCUUUAAUGAAUCUCAAAUUAAAAAAUUUUAUUGCAUGAAAACAAUAAUUAUUUUUAUUAUCAGAGAAGAAUAAAUCUGCGAGAGUUCUUCUUCCCUUUUUUGCGCUAUAGCUUUAAAAUCUACAUGCAAAGUAUUUUUUUUUUUUCAAAUCAUGUGAACAGAUGUUUGUCGAGGUUGUUGACGAGGUACUUACGAUUUCAAUAAAGAAUAAUGUCUACGUGUGCAUAUCCUCAAGUGAAAAUUUACGAAGAUUUUGAUAAAAUGAGUGCAAAAGAGGUCUACUACAAUGCAGCUGGAAAAAAGGUUACAGUCAAAUUGUUGCAUUUUCCCGAUAUUGCACCGGAAGAUGUUCACAAGGUGAAAUUUUCAGAUGACGAAGAUGAUGAUGAUGAUGAAGAGGAGAAUUCUGAUGAAGAGAAAGAUAUCAUUUCCAGUCUUUCACUGAGAGAAGAUGGAGAAGAAGAUGGCGCCACUGCAACUGCUGCUGUUGAAGAGAAUUAUGCCGAUGUUGAUGAUGAAGAUCAAUUGGCAACACCGACAGAUGUAACGUACAAAAAGAUCUUGAGAAAAAAAUCCAAAGAUAAUCUAUUACACCAGAGAAAAUGUAGUAAAGCAUUUGCAGAAGCUCAUGGAAUAUCGAUAACACCUCCAACAGGAUUGACAAUUUAUGGAACUGGAGGUUUGGAAUUAGCUGGUGGCGGUGGGGAAAGGAGUAUACCAUUUGGAAGAAGAUCGCCUAUAAGUUCAAGGCGAUCUUCAUCACCUUCAAAUGGAGCUUUGUGUUCGGGAUAUGUUCAGUACUCGAAAAUGUUGUUGGAAGUUCCGAUGCCAAGGGAUUAUGGGUAUGCAUCGAGUGAUGACUUGAGUUCAGAGUGGGAUUCGGAUGUUCCGACUUCGUCGUCAGAACAAGCGAAGGAACAAGAAACAAAGCCCUCAGGAUGGCGAAAAAUCCGCAACAUAGUUCAAUGGACACCAUUCUUUCAAACUUACAAGAAAAAACGAUAUCCCUGGGUUCAAUUAGCUGGUCAUCAAGGAAAUUUCAAAGCUGGCUCCGAACCGGGAACAGUUCUAAAGAAGCUAUGUCCAAAAGAAGAAGAUUGCUUUCAGGUGUUGAUGCGUGAUGUACUUCGUCCCUAUGUACCAGAGUACAGAGGAAAAGUAACAAGUGAAGAUGGAGAACUUUAUCUCCAAUUACAAGAUCUGCUUAGUGAUUUCUAUCAACCAUGUGUAAUGGAUUGUAAAAUUGGUGUACGAACGUACUUAGAAGAAGAAUUAUCCAAGGCUAAAGAAAAACCAAAACUUCGCAAAGAUAUGUACGAAAAAAUGAUACAAAUCGACCCAGAUGCACCAAAUGAAGAAGAACACAAAGCUAAAGGUGUUACAAAACCUAGGUAUAUGGUUUGGCGUGAGACGAUUUCAAGCACUGCUAUAUUAGGUUUUAGAGUUGAGGGUAUCAAAAAAAGUGACGGAACAAGUUCAAAAGACUUUAAAACUACAAAGUCCCGAGAACAAAUCAAAAAGGCAUUUGAGGAAUUUAUCGAAGGAUAUACUCAUGUUUUGCCCCGUUACUUACAACGUCUUCGUGCAAUUCGAGCAACUCUUGAAUGUUCCGAUUUCUUCCAUACCCAUGAAAUAAUCGGAAGUUCAUUGCUAUUCGUUCACGACCGUUCCCAUGCAAGUGUCUGGCUUAUUGAUUUCGCCAAAACUGUCAAUUUACCACCAAACCAUGUCAUUGAUCAUAAUACAACUUGGAAAGUUGGCAACCAUGAAGAUGGCUAUCUCAUCGGAAUAAAUAAUCUCAUUGAUCUUUUCUCAGAUAUUGAAGCCAAUGUAAUGAUACCCAACGAUGAUGUAAUUAAUCCUUAAGAGAAAUUCUAAAAACAAAACACACUUUCUAUAAAAAAAAAGUGCUGCUGUAUAAAAAAAAAAAACCUAAAAAUCCUUCAAUUCAAGAUUCAAAAAAGAAAAGUGAGGAAAUUAUACACGUGUAUAAAAAAAAAAAAAAAAACAAAAAACAUUUGAAUAUGUCAUCCAACUUUUUGCUGCAAUCAGAAAUUUUGUUGUUAUCAAUAUUAUUCAAUUCAAUAUUCAAGACUGAUGAUAGUUAUUUAUUUAAAAACAAACAAAAAAAAUAUGUAAAAAGAAAAAAAAAUUAUCAAUCGCAGAUUCUUCUUUUAAAAAGUUAUGUCUUUAGCAAUUAACAAUCAUAAUUAACUUUAAUAAUUUAUAUAUAAAUAUCUAUCAAAACAACAAUGCGUAUAGUUAUUGUUUUGUCAAAUUAUACCUACGCGAGCUUAUCUUUGGCAUCACGUUCGAUAUUAAAAUAUAUUCUGUUUAGAGUGAGAAAGAUUAGGUAUUAGAUUAAAAAAAUAAUAAUAAUAAUAAUAAACAUUAUAUACAUUUUAAUCAUCAUGAUUUACUACUAACAUUAUGGCAAAAGAAUAAAUCAAAGACGUAAUAAAGUCGGAGAAAAUCUUAAGAA